AUGAGUCGCUCGCCAGCUGCGUCGGGCUUCUUGCCCAUGCCAGGCUCGCCGUCCUCCAGCUGGGCAGCCUAUCGUGCUCGGCUGUCCUCCAUCUUCGCAGGCAGCGACCCUGCUGUGCUCGUCGCAUUCUGGCUCUUUGGCCUAAUCAACAAUGUGCUCUAUGUCAUUAUUCUCUCGGCUGCCCAGGACCUUGUCGGCUCUGAUGUUCCCAAGGGUGCGGUCCUGCUGGCCGACGUGAUGCCCUCGUUCUUCACAAAGCUCGUUGCGCCAUACUUUAUUCAUCGCGUCCCGUACUGGGUUCGCAUUCUUGUCUUCGUGGCAGGCUCGUCCCUUGGCAUGUGCGUCAUUGCCCUGACGCCGCCUGACAAGUCAGUGGCCGCGAAAAUGUUUGGCAUCGUCUUCGCCAGUCUGAGCAGCGGUGCGGGCGAGCUGAGUUUCCUCGGUCUGACCCACUACUAUGGCCAUAUGAGCCUGGCCGCUUGGGGCAGUGGCACCGGAGCCGCGGGUUUGGUGGGUGCUGGUCUGUAUGUCAUGUUGACCGGCUGGAUUGGCUUCAGUGUGCGGAACAGUCUCCUCGCCUCGGCAUUCCUACCCGUCAUUAUGCUUGUCAGCUUCUUCGUGAUCCUUCCAAAAGGGCCUCUGCGACAAAGCACCAAUGGCAAAGGAUACAACGCCGUGCCUGAUCGCGACAUUGACCAGCUCGAGCAGGACGACCUGGAAGACAUUCCCCCAUCUGAUGCCGCCUCGAGCCUUCUCGCUCCUGGGCCUGCUGUCGCCUCAUCCGCCCUCGGCGGCUCCCAGGUGCAGAGCUCCACCUCGAGCUUCGCAAGCAAACUGCGAAGGGCAAAGGCUUUGUUCUUUCCAUACAUGCUCCCGCUCUUGCUCGUCUAUGUUGCCGAGUACACCAUCAACCAGGGCGUGGCGCCCGUGCUGCUCUUCCCACUCGACUCGUCCCCAUUCACUGAAUACCGCGAGUUCUACCCCAUGUACGGAUUUCUCUAUCAGAUCGGCGUCUUCAUCUCCCGUACGUCCAUCGCCUUCGUCCGCGUGCGGCACCUGUAUCUGCCAUCCUUCCUACAGGUCGCCAAUCUCGUCUUGCUGUUCUGUCACGCUCUGUUCGAUUUCUUACCGACCGUCUAUGUCGUUUUCAUCGUCGUCUUCUGGGAAGGCCUGCUUGGAGGUGCGGUCUACGUCAACACGUUCGCAGAGAUCAUGGAGAACGUGCCAGUAUCGGAACGCGAGUUCAGCCUAGGGGCCACAAGUGUCAGUGAUAGCGGGGGCAUCUGUAUCGCUGGCUUCAUCGGGAUAGCCAUUGAGGGAUGGCUCUGCCAAUGGCAGGUUAACAAUGGCAGGGAUUGGUGCAAGAGGAUCGGAGUUGCCAACGCUGCCAAGUCGCGAUGA